UACGGCAUCAUCCACCUGACGUCGUUCAUCAUCGCGACGGUGCUCUUCAGCCACUGGCUCGCCUGCGUCUGGGGCUACUGCGCGAACGCGAGCAGCCGGGGCAUCGGCAACUCGUGGAUGGCGGCCUUCGAGGAGUCGAAGUGGAACAUCCGGAACCCGAAGCACCAGUACGUCAUCUCGCUCUACUUCGCCAUCAUGACGCUGACGACCGUGGGCUACGGCGACGUGUUGCCCAACAACAUCUCCGAGUACGCUUUGAUGAUCGUCAUGAUGUUUUUAGGCGGC